AUGGAAGUGAGCAACAAUUGUGAAGAGGUGGCUUUGGAAGAAGAAAGCAGUGGUGAGAAAAAGGAAAACCUGCUAUACAUGAGCCUCCUUUCCAUGGAUACCACAGGCAAAAGAAGUGAAGCCAUUAAGAAAGAAGACUGUAGAAGGAAUGCUGUGCAUCUUCAGCAGGGGAGUCACGGAAUUAAGGAGGAGGAUUGUGAAUGCAAGUUAGCAAGCAUCAAAGAGGAAGAAUCUGAACCAAGAUCUAUUAGCACUGACAUGAAGAAAAGUGAAAUUGUUAGCAGCAUCAAGGAAGAAGCCAUCACAUCAGAGUCUUCCUCUCAGUAUGUGUGUCCAGAGGUGUCUCAGUUAGGCUUUACAUCGAGCAGACACCAUAUCCGUGAGUGUCAUUCUGUCCAUCUGAAGUGUGAAUCUGACAUGAAGAGGACAGAGAAAGCAUCAUGUUCAAGUCAUUCUAGAGAAGAUUUACAGGAGAGUGGUUAUGGCUUUCCACCAUCAUUUAUUCAGACUUCUCUUCAAUGCAAACCACAACAGAAAAUUCAUAAUGGAAAUUUGAAGAUGCUGAAAUCUCAAUCAGAGAUUUUAAUACCAGCCACUUUACAGGGUAGUCUUCCAAACACUGAGAAACUACCAAAAACUGACACAAGAAACAGUCGGACACAAGUACAGAGUUCAAAUUCAACAACUUUUCAUGUCUGUGAAGAUAUGAAAAAAACUAUUAAAUGCAAAUAUAAAUACAAAGAUAGUCCAAGGAGUUGCAUAAGACAAGAGCCAUAUUGCUGUUCUGAAUGUGGGAAGCAAUUCUCUACCAGUCGCAGUCUUCAGACCCAUAUAAGAAUUCACACUGGAGAGAAGCCAUUUUGUUGUUCUGAUUGUGGCAAACGAUUCACAGCCAAUAGCGGUCUUCACAUACACAAAAGAAUUCACACUGAGGAGAAGCCAUAUCGUUGUUCUGAAUGUGGAAAACGAUUCUGCACGGGCAACAACCUUCAGGUCCAUGUAAGAAUUCACACGGGAGAGAAACCAUAUGGCUGUUCUGAAUGUGGCAAACAAUUCAUCAGUGGUGCCAAGCUUCAGAUCCACACAAGAAUUCACACUGGAGAGAAGCCAUAUUGCUGUUCUGACUGUGGCAAACAAUUCUCACGAACAAACUAUCUUUGUAUCCACAGGAGGGUUCACACUGGUGAGAAGCCAUAUAGUUGUUCUGACUGUGGCAAACAAUUCACUCAAAUAAGCAACCUUCAGAUUCAUUCAAGAAUUCACAAGGGGGAGAAGCCAUAUUGCUGUUCAGAGUGUGGCAAACAAUUCACCACCAAUGGCAGUCUUCAGAUCCACACAAGAAUUCACACGGGAGAGAAGCCGUAUUGCUGUUCAGACUGUGGCAAACAAUUCUCACGAAUGAACUAUCUUCAGAAUCAUAGAAGAAUUCAUACUGAAGAGAAACCAUAUUGUUGUUCUGAAUGUGGCAAACAAUUUGUUCAAAUAAGUCAUCUUCAGAUCCACUCGAGAACUCACACUAGAGAGAAGCCAUAUUGCUGUUUGGAAUGUGGCAAAGAAUUUGCCACCACCAGCACCCUUCAGACUCACAAACGAAUCCACACUGAAAAGAAGCCAUAUUGCUGUUCUGAAUGUGGCAAACAGUUUUCUGCUGGUAGUGCUCUUAAAAGACACUUAAAAAUUCACACUGUAAGCCCUGAUGGCUGAAGGAUUAUUAAACUGAACGAAACAUCAAAGUUGGCAGAUUAAUUAACGGGAAAAUCUACAA